AUGUAUCCCAACGACUGUGAUCCUGAUGAUGUAUUUCGUACCAGAAAAGGUGUCUGUGCUGGAUACUCCAGCCUCUUCAAGCAAAUGUGCAGCAUUGCAGGUGUGAAAUGUGAAGAAGUCAUUGGAUAUGCUAAGGGCGCCAGUUAUAAGAUAGGGCAGAAAUUCUCUGAUACAAAUCAUGCCUGGAAUAUGGUUUACCUGGAAGGCCGCUGGCAUCUACUGGACAGCACAUGGGGAGCUGGAAGUGUAGAUAAAAAAACAGACAGUUUUGAAUUCAGUUACAAAGAAUACUACUUCCUGACUCACCCUGCCCUCUUCAUCGGAGAUCACUAUCCUGAAGAAAAGGAAUGCCAGCAAUUGGAGCCCCUGGUGUCUUUAAAGCAUUUUGAAGAGAGUGCUUGCCUCAAAAGCUGGUUUUAUAAUGCCGGGCUUGUUUCCUGUCAACCAGAAACAUGUGUUAUUGAAACAGCGAAAGGAAAAGUAUCCAUUACCAUUGAAAGUCGUCGUGAUAUGCUCUUCACAUUUUCAUUGGAUGGAAAUGAGAGAAAUGGAGUUAUGAAGUUGUUAAACUGCGGGAUGAAGCUUGAUGUUUAUCCUCAGAAAACUGGACAACACGAACUUCAGCUAUUCGCCAAGGAACAAGACGAUGAAGUUGCCAAGCCAACUCAUUGCUUCACUGAGACCUCCACCCAAAAACGCUGCAGCAGUCGCCAAAUGAGCACACUGGGAUCCCCUGGGCCGGGAGUGGGGCCUCCGAGGCAUUGGGGAAAUCUGACCAAGAAUCGAGCAGGCAAAACUCACCAUGCCAAUCUGAGAGUGGAACCGCUGGAUGUGGAGCACUGUACAAAAGUGGUUGAGGUCCUCUGGGGAACAAACCAGUGGUUCGGGUAUACACCAAAAAUGUAA